AGGCCCCAUACCAACAUGGCCAACAGACAUUAGCACAUGGCUUUGGCUUUGGUUAGUAACAAACACUUAACCUCCAUCUUGUAUAAAUAAUCCCUCUUCUAUGAGCCUUUUCAUCAUCAAUCAAAAGCAUAAUCAGUUCAGCCAUAAAAAUUCUCUAAAUUUCUUAUUUACUCUCUUGUUUCCAUUCUUCCAAAAAAAAUGACAAUGAUCGGUACCAAGAAACUCAUCAAAAUGGCCAGGAGAUGGCAGAAGUUUGCAGCCGGGCAAAGGAAGAGGAUUUCAUUUUCAAGAAAUGGUAGUGAUGCAGAUGAUUGUAGUACGUCUUCAUCGUCUAUAGCUGAAAAAGGACAUUUUGUAGUAUAUACAAUUGAUCAAAAGCGCUUCAUGAUUCCCUUGGUUUAUCUUGAAAAUGAGGUCAUUAGGCAGCUUUUAAUCAUAUCUGAAGAAGAGUUUGGUCUGUCAAGUGGUGGCCCUAUUACAUUACCUUGUGAUUCAGCUUUUAUGGACUACAUCAUUUCGCUAAUAAGGAAAGGCCUAACUGCAGGAGAUCUUCACAAAGCAUUGCUCCUGUCAUUUCCUUCAUGUUAUUGUUCGACUUCUUCUCUGCUCCAAGAAAGUGGAAACCAACAGCUUCUUGUUUGUUGAGUCAUAAUCAACAUUAUUUAUACUACAUCCUAGAUCAAAAUAGUUUUUAGAUAGGCCAUUGACUAACAAACAAAAUUGUAAAGUGCAUCACACAGAUUGAAUUUUAUUUAAUCAGAGAAAGUUUACCAUA